AUGACUCCUUUCUUGUUUUCUAUAAUCCAUUUAUGGCUACUAAUUGUUUCAUCCAACAUUGUAGCUUCCAUUUCCCAUUCUCAAGAAGAAGCUAAUGCCCUACUCAAAUGGAAGGAGACACUUCAAAACCACCAAAAUAUUUCCAUGCUUGCUUCAUGGGAUCUUCUUCAACCUUCAAGUCCAUGCACUUGGUAUGGGGUUUCUUGUGUUGGUGGAAGAGUGAUGAGGUUGAAUCUCAGUAAUGGUAACAUUAAUGGUACGCUCCAUAGUUUCCCAUUUGCAUCUCUUCCAAAUCUUGAGUAUAUUGAUUUCAGUAUGAAUGCGUUAUAUGGUACUUUGUCACCACAAAUUACUAACCUUUCUGAACUGACAUAUCUCGACUUAUCAAUGAAUCGGUUUUCAGGGAAUAUUCCCGAACAAAUUUCUUUGUUAACCAAUCUUCGAACCCUCCAUUUGUUUCAGAAUCAGUUGAAUGGUUCCAUUCCUCGAGAAAUAGGAAGGUUGAGAAAGCUAAAUGAGCUUGCCUUGUACCAUAACUCGCUUAGUGGACCUAUUCCUAACUCUUUGGGCAAUUUAACCAACCUUACUCAUUUGUUUCUAUACCAAAAUUUACUUUCUGGUCAGAUUCCUCAAGAAAUUGGUAACCUUAUCAAAAUUGUUGGUAUUUACUUGAACAACAACAAUCUUGAUGGUACGAUUCCAUCCACUUUGGGAAACUUGACAAGUCUAGAGAAACUCAUGCUUUUCAAUAACAAAAUUGUUGGUCCCAUUCCAUAUGAAAUUGGGCAAUUGAAAUCACUUCAAUAUCUUUGCAUCCACUCAAACAACCUCAUUGGCACAAUACCCACAUCACUUGGAGGGUUGACCAAGUUGACAAAACUUCACCUUUACUCAAACCAACUUCUUGGCCCAAUUCCCAAAGAGUUGGGUAACCUCACCCUUCUCAAUGAUCUUGAGCUAAGCUGCAAUGAAAUCAAUGGCCCCAUUCCAACUUCUUUGGGUAACUUAACUAAGUUGGAAACAUUAUAUCUACGCCAAAACAAUAUUUCUAGUACCAUACCUAAAGAGUUAGGAAUGCUAGAAUAUAUACUUGUUCUUGAAUUAGACCACAACAACUUGAGUGGCCCAAUCCCAGAACAUCUUUGUCGUGGUAGAACCCUACAAAACUUCACCGCCGCCAACAACAUGCUUUCGGGUCAAAUCCCAAAAAGCUUCAAAAACUGUUCGAGUUUGGUUCGAGUCAGGUUGGCUGAAAACCAGUUAACAGGAAAUGUUUCUGAACUUUUGGGUGCUAAUAAUCCUAAAUUGUUAUUCAUGGAGCUAAGUGCAAAUAGGCUAAGUGGUGAGCUUUCUAGCAACUGGGGUGAAGCAAAGAAGUUGCAGCAGUUGUUACUGGCAAACAACAAUAUCACAGGUACCAUUCCUCCAGAAAUUGGAAAUUUGACUCAACUAGGCUUCCUGGAUCUUAGUUCAAACCAUUUAACUGGGGGGAUUCCUAGAGAGCUUGGGAGGUUGAGUUCUUUACUUAAAUUUCACUUGCAAAACAACAAGCUCUCAGGGUGUAUACCACAAGAGCUCGGUUCAUUAACCGGGUUGUUGCAACUCGACCUAUCCAGUAAUAGGUUGAACUCGUCAAUCCCGGGCAUGAUUGGGAGUUUCAUGUCACUUAUUUACUUGAACCUGAGUAACAAUAAUUUGAUUCGUGGAAUCCCCAUCGAGAUAAGUAAGUUGUUUCAACUUAACGAGCUCGAUUUAAGCCAUAAUUUUCUUACUGGGGCACUUCCAGCUGAGUUGAGAAAGCUACAAAGCUUGGAGACAUUGAAUCUCUCACACAAUGGUUUGUCUGGAUCAAUUCCUAGUACUUUUGAAGCAAUGUGUGGGUUGAUGUAUAUUGACUUAUCUUAUAAUCACUUGGAGGGUUCUAUUCCAAAGAACAAGGCUUUCAAGAAUGCUUCUUUGGAAGGAAAUAAAGGCUUAUGUGGGAUUAACAUUAUAGGGUUACAACCAUGCAAGAGUUCUUCAAUGUGUAAGAGCUCUAGAUUGAAAGGAUACCAAAUCUUGUUCAUGGUUUUAUUCCCUUUUAUAGGAGCUUUGGUGCUUACAAUAGUACUCAAACGCUUCUUAAAGCGUGGCAGAAGAGAGAAACCCCUUGAAUUGAAUAUAUUAUCAGUGCUAAAUUUCGAUGAAAGGAUCCUUCACAGUGAAAUAUUGAAUGCCACGAGGGGAUUCGAUGCCAAAUUUUGCAUCGGAAAGGGAGGAUAUGGAAGAGUUUACAAGGUAACGCUCCCCGUGGUUGGCACUGUGGCUGUAAAGAGAAUGCAUCCCUCCAUGAGAAUGGAAAACCACGACGCCUACUUAAACGAAAUCAAUAUGUUGCAAAGCAUCAAGCAUAGGAACAUUGUGAAGUUUUUCGGGUUUUUCUCAAAUGAGGAGCACACACUCUUGAUCUAUGAGUAUCUUGAAAAUGGCAGCUUGGGCUCUUGUCUAAGGAAUUUUGACAAAGCUAAGGAACUGGAUUGGUUCAAGAGGGCAAAUAUCAUCAACGGUGUUGCUCACGCCCUUUCUUAUAUGCAUCAUGAUUGCUCACCUCCCAUUGUUCAUCGAGACAUAUCAAGCAACAAUGUCUUGCUUGAUGGCGAUGAUGAGCCUCACAUCUCAGAUUUUGGCACUGCUAAGCAAUUAGGGCGAUAUUUAUCAUCAAGUAAAGUGGAAGGCACAUACGGAUACAUUGCACCAGAGCUAGCUUGUAACGCAAAAAUCACAGAAAAGAACGACGUGUACAGCUUCGGAGUUUUAGCAUUAGAAGUGCUGAAAGGGAAGCAUCCAACCGACUUCCUUGCAUCAUCUCUAGCUUCCCAAUCGGUGGAUGAAGAAGAAGAAGAAGAGCUAAAGGGGUUGUUGGAUCAACGACUUCCCUCUCCCAUGAAUGAAGUUGAAGGCAUUGUUAAAACCAUUGUUAAGAUUGCCAAGGAAUGCUUGCAUGCUAAUCCACUCUCCAGGCCAACCAUGAAGAGAGUAUCUCAACACCUCUCUAAGCACCCUUCAACUUCUUAUAAAUAA